AUGAUACCGGCCACGUCAUCGCCUUGCUCGCCUCCAACGAUGACACGCGACAGUGGUGCCAUCGCCGACCCUACACCGGCUCCUGGGCCGCACGCCAUCGGGUCUGGCACCAACGACGUCGCUCCUGCCGUUCGGUCUCCUACCAACCCAUCACCGGAUUUGUCCACGCUGCUGGCUGAGCGAGCCUCCGAGUCAGCGCACGAGCCCUGUCCCGUGCCGACUCCGCUGCCUCCGACCGUGUCAACUGUCGCUACACCGUGGCACCUACCAGCCAGCGAGAGCGACGCAGCAUCAGCAGCGACCUUCUUCCUUGCCCUGCGCUCCCCGUCCUCUCCUUCUGCCAACUUGUCGUUGGGCCCUUCUAGCGACUACUCUGACAAGUCGGACGUUGGAGGCUGGGAACAAUCGUCGCACCACACGGAUACGGCAGAUGGACUGACACCACCAUUUCGUGAUGCGAGUCUUGAUGGUGUGUCACACCCACCACCUGAUUCUGUCCUUCGCGUCGUCCCCACGUUGGAGCUCGCCAAGCAACAUGACCCGGCAGCUGCUUCCCCGGCUCUCCCAGAUCUUCGCCAACCUGCGCCGGUGCCGUCAUUGAGCGUUGCCCGACGACGCCUUCCUCGCCGUCUCGAGCGCCACUCGACUCCAACGCCGUGGACCGUGGCAACACCCAGACUCCGGCAGGCGCGUGCCGAACUCUGUUCACUUGACUAA